AUGUUUUCCUCCCGACGGCAUAUACUAAGAUCCCUUUGGCGCGCCCAGAUCCAAGUUCUCCUUCUGCUAUGUGGCAAAAGCCUUGUCUCCGCUGUAGUACUGUCAACGGUCUUCGAGGAUUUGCAGGGAGGCGACAAUGUGACGAUUACUUGGAGUGGUGCCGUUGGCGGCGCAGCCUUGACGUUGAAUCCCAGUCGGCAGGAGGACCUGGGGGUUUUAGGUACUAUUGGGUCAAAUCUCCAGGGAACAUCGUACAUCUGGAACGUUCCGUUGUCAGUCCCUACAGGCACCUACUCAAUCGAGAUCCAAGAUUCAAUUGGCGAUAGCGACCAUAUUGUAGACUUCCAGAUCCACCAGGCUCUCGGCUUUAUAUCGUCCAUAACAUCAGACUUGCUCGACGUACUGACGUCGACUGUGACUGUUGGGCUCCGGCGGCGGCGGCGGCGGCGGGGGAGUUUCUACAGCUGCCAGUGGUGGGAGUAG